AUGACCAAUUAUCAAGACGACAAUCUUGGUUCUGAUAGUCAACAGCUCUUAAAAGAUCACAAUAGAAGAAUCGAAAGUGUUAUGGGUUCUGAAAGCCAUAGUGACAGUUUAGAAAUAGUAGGCAAGUCAAGACCAGCCAAGGACUAUUCAGCUUGGUAUUGGAAAUUGAUUCCUCAUGAAAGACAUGUUGAAGAUUGGGCUGAUGAUUAUGAAGAUGACAAGUUGAGUAUUCACUCAGAGUCAACUGUGGUUGAAUACGAGUAUAGAGAUGAAGCUAAUAGACCUUGGUGGAAAUUCUUUGAUGAAUAUGAAUAUAGAUAUAAUAAACAAACAAGAGAACAAAAAAAAUGGUACAAGUUCUUUGAUAGCAACGCAUCAGUUACUGAAAAGAAACUAUUGUUUAAAUUGGAUUUAUUGAUUGUUACUUUUGCUGUGAUGUCUUAUUGGUCUAAGAAUUUAGAUCAGUCCAAUGUUAGUAAUGCAUUUGUCUCAGGGAUGAGAGAAGAUUUAAAUAUGGUUGGUAAUGAUUAUUCAAAUACAGUUGCAUUAUUCAAUGCUGGUACUGUUAUUUUUCAAAUAAUAUUCACUUGGUUAUUCCCAAGAAUUGAUAUGCAUUUAAUGUUUUUCCUCUCUGAUGUUGGUUGGUCUUUGGUAACAUUAUGUACAGGGUUUGUUAGAAAUCCAGCUGAAUUGAAAGCAUGUCGUUUCCUUGUGGGUGCUUUUGAAAGUGGAUAUUUUAUUAUGAUUCAUUAUUUAUUGGGAUCUUGGUAUAAACCUGAUGAAUUAGGUAGACGUGGUGGUGUAUUCUAUUGUGGUCAAAUGUUGGGUCAAUUAACAUCUGGUUUGUUACAAGCCCAAAUUUAUCAAAAUUUGGAUAGUGCAGGAGGUAGAGCCGGUUGGAGAUGGAUGUUUAUCAUUGAUGGUGCUGCUACUAUGACUAUUGGAUUCUUUGCAUUUUAUAUGGUCCCUGGAACCCCUAACAAAUGUACUUCUUUAUUCUUAACAGAUGAUGAAAUUCGUUUAUCUCGUUAUAGAUUGAAAAAAGCCAAUAUUAAACCACCAUCUAAAGAACCUCCAAAGUUCUUUGAUAAGAAACUAUGGAUAAAUAUUCUUUCCAGUUGGAGAAUUUACGUCUUAGCAGUAUUGGAUUAUCUAUUCUGGAAUACUGGUAAUAGCGGCUAUUCUAAUUUUGCCUUAUGGUUGAAAUCUUUGAAGAGAUAUUCCAUUCCUCGUAUCAAUAGAUUCACUUCAAUCCCACCAUCUUUGGGUAUUAUUUGGAUUUUGGCUGUUUGUGGGUCUGCAGAUAUGUUAAAAUCAAGAUCAUUUGCAAUCUUUUGGGCUGAAAUAUUUGUUUUUAUUGGUUCAGUUAUACUAUCUAUUUGGGAUGUUCCAGAACCUGCACUUUGGUAUGCAUUUUAUACAAAUUUCUUCAGUAUAUCAGUUUCCUCUGUUGUUUAUGGUUGGAUAAAUGACAUCAUGAGAUAUGAUCCCCAAGAGAGAUCAAUUGUGUUGUGUUUUGUGAAUAUAUUUGCUAAUCAAUCAACUGCAUGGACUGGACCACUUGUUUACAAAACUGUUGAUGCACCAAGGUAUCAUAAAGGUUAUAUCUAUUCUGCAUCAAAUUCAGCUGCUUUGAUGAUAUGGUCAUGGGUUACAUUAUGGUUUUAUAAAAGACAAGAAAAGAGAGAUGCUAAAACAAAUGGUAUCAUUUUAUAUAAUAGUAAGACUGGGGAUAUACCUUUAGAGGUUAGACAGCAUUUAAAUGGCGAGGUUGAAGGUGAAGAUGAAAUUGAAGAUGAAAUUGAAGAGACAUCUUUGGGUAAGAAAAAGGAAAAUGUUGAAGUUAAAAGUUUCACAAAUAGAUCACAUUAG